GUUGGGAUGAGUGUAAUAAUACAAAUCUAGGGAUUGAAGCAAUAAAAGAGUUCGACCAUAAUAGAAGUUGUGAAAGUAAAGCUAAAAAAUGUGCAUUUACCUCCAAAGUCCCACAUGGCCUUUCCAUUAAGUUGUAUGGGUGACAGGUGUGACCUUCCAAUCAUCAUUUCAACGGUCAACAACUGUGGCCGACGCCAUCACCUUCAACACCUUCUUCAACACCUUCACGGCUUCACCUCCCUCCCUCUUCUUUUAUUUCUCUAAAUUCCCACUUUCACUCUCAUCUCAUUGAGUCAUUUCAUUAAUCAUGAACGUCUCUUCUUUUUUCGCUCUUCCAUUUCUCCUUCUCUUUUUCAACCUUGUUUCCACCUGUCAUGUCGCCGACCAGAAAGCUCUUCUUGCUUUCAAGUCCGCCAUUACUGCCGACCCCUCCGGCAUUUUGUCCUCAUGGAAGCCUGGGGUCGACUGCUGUACUUGGGAUGGAGUCACUUGCUCCGUCCCCAAUCGCGUCACCAGUCUCAGCCUCUACGGCCAACUAGACCGCCCCAAUGCCUUUCUCUCCGGCACCAUCUCCAACUCCCUCUCCAACCUCCCUUACUUGGACGGAAUCUAUCUUGUUAACCUUCGUAACAUUUCAGGUCCUUUUCCACUUUCUCUCUUCAAACUCCCUAAACUACUCUUUGUGUACAUCGAGAACAAUAAGCUUUCAGGUCAAUUACCGGCCGCUAUAGGAAAUAUGAGCCAACUUGAGGCAUUUAGUGUUCAAGGUAACAGAUUCACUGGUCCUAUUCCCAGUUCGAUUUCCAAAAUGACUCGCCUGACUCAGCUUAUACUCGGUAGCAACCUUCUCACUGGAUCCAUACCCAUUGGAAUCAAGCAACUCAAAAGUCUGACGUUCCUCAGCCUCGAACGGAAUCGAUUCACCGGUGCUGUUCCGGAUAUUUGGGGAUCGUUUCCGGAGUUGAGGAUUCUCAGACUUUCACACAAUAAACUCACCGGCAAAAUUCCGCGUUCAAUUUCAUCCCUGGCUCCGAAGCUUAGUUAUCUAGAGUUAGGGCACAAUUUGAUAACAGGAAAUAUUCCUGAUUUUCUUGGAAAUUUUAGGGCUCUGGAUACACUCGAUCUCUCAUCCAAUUACAUCUCUGGAGUUGUGCCGAAAAGCUUCAGAAAUUUGACGAAAAUAUUCAACCUGGAUCUGUCUCGGAAUUCGCUGGUGGAUCCGUUCCCGGAGUUGUUUGUGAAAGGGAUCGAGUCGUUGGAUUUAUCUUACAACAAAUUUCAUCUGGGGAAAAUUCCGAAAUGGGUGACGUCGUCGCCGAUUAUAUACUCUUUGAAAUUGGCGAAAUGUGGGAUCAAAAUGAAGCUGGACGAUUGGAAGCCGACUGAAACGUUUUUCUACGAUUACAUUGAUUUAUCGGAGAACGAAAUUUGGGGGAGUCCGGUGGGAUUGUUGAACCGGACGGAUUACUUGGUCGGAUUUUGGGGAGCCGGAAACAAGUUGAAUUUUAAGCUGCAGGAUUUGAGGAUAGUGAAGAGCUUGAAGUACUUGGAUUUGUCGAGAAAUGUGGUGUUCGGUAAAGUACCCGGCGGGGUGGUGGGGCUGAAAAACUUGAAUGUGAGCUACAACCAUUUGUGUGGCCUGCUUCCGGCGACGAAGUUCCCGGCUACGUCGUUUGUGGGAAACGAUUGCUUGUGUGGGCCGCCGCUGCCGGCGUGCAAAUGAGGGAGAGAUGAUGACAACGAUGACUGUGGAAUUUAAAAGCGACGCGUAGUUUUGAUAUUAACAUUGGGCUUCAGGAACCGCACCGAAUGCGAUAAAAAAGGCAUUUUGGAAGAGAUUAUGUGGGGGAACGUCACGUAGGUGUAAGGAUUAUAUUAUUAUGGAUCUUUAUUAUAUCAAACUCAAACUAGUAGCUAUCCAUAUCAUCUUUUAUAUGAUACCAAGUUUGUAGCCAAAUCAAGAGAGGGUGGGAUAGGACCUCUACCAAAGAGGUUUAUGCUUUGAUAAUUAAUAUGUAAAUAGGCAUGUGUUUUGUGAAAUCCAAUAACCUACCUUAAGCUUGAAUCAAUUCACAUAUGCUAAUAAAUAAGAUUUCAACUCAAAA